GCUAGUCUCUGAGGUGGCCUUACAAGAUGCGUUGUAUUUCUAUGUCACCCAUCAAGGUUGAGUUCGUUCUCCGAAAGCUGCGCAACGGCAAAUCAUGUAGAACGCUUUGUAGCCACCACCAUCGCUACCGCCAGUUGCCAUUUAAUUUCAAAGAGAUUUCCAGCUUAACCGCCCCUUCUGAGAAGCACCCAAUUGAAGAGCUUGAGAUUCAUUACGAGAACUCAAUCAACUUGCGCCAUUUAAGUCAUGUCUUGGAUGACUGCACCAGCGCCUACGACCUCCGAAUGGGCAUGUCCAUCCAUACCCAACUUCUAAAAUUUCAUUCUUGCCGCUUUAUCUCCUUAUGGAACAAGCUCCUUUGUCUGUACUCUCGGUGCGGGCAGAUUCGAUGUUCACGUCAACUGUUUGAAACAAUGCCUGAGAGAGAUAUAGUUUCUUUCAAUACAGCUAUUUCAUCUUAUUUGAGCCAUGAUCUUAAUAUGGUCAAAAUCCUCCACAUUUUCUUCAAAAUGCAAGAAGAAGAUGUCAAGCCCAACCACAUUACCUUAUCCAUGUUAAUCAGAACUAGUGUGCGUUUGGCCAAUUCACUCUUGAUAGAACUACUACAUGCCCAAGCAAUUGGAUACGGUUUAAGUUCUAAUGAGUUUGUUGGGAGCUCCUUGGUUGAUGGAUAUGCAAAGCAAAGGAGGUUAGAAGAUGGCGUACGUGCGUUUGAUGAGAUAGCGGUGUUGGAUUUGGUCUCAUGGAAUAUUAUGAUUGAUGCCUGUAUAAGCAACUAUAGUCAAGGGCAUGCUUUGCAAAUCUUCUCUCGGAUGCAACAGGAGGGUGUAGGAUUUGAUGGGUACACCUUGACAAGCAUCACAAAGGCCUGUUCAGAACCAGGAGACUUGUAUGUGGGCUUGCAGCUUCAUAGUUGCAUGAUAAAAUCAGGGUUUGUUUCUGAAACACCAGUCACCAAUGCCCUAAUAACCAUGUACUCCAAGUGUGAAGAAGGAAUGGUGUCUGCCACCCAGAUUUUUGGGACAGCUCUUGCACCCAACAUUAUCUCUUGGACCGCAAUAAUAGCUGGGUUCAUGCAAAAUGGGCAGAAUGAAGAAGCAGUUGGGUUUUAUAAAAGAAUGCUGAGAGAAGGCAUGAAUGCUCUUGUAGAUAUGUAUUCCAAGUGUGGCAGCUUAGCAGAUGCUCGGUUAGUGUUCAUGACUAUGGAAAACCAUGAUGUGGUAUCAUAUACAGUGAUGAUUACAGGAUUUGGUCAACAUGGGAAGGGAAGAGAGGCUCUUAGCAUCCUUGAAGCAAUGGCAAUUAAAGGAUUGAAACCAGAUAGUGUUACAUUACUUGGAUGCCUGUCUGCAUGUAGCCAUGGAGGGCUUGUAGAUGAAGGGCUUCAAGUUUUCAAGUCCAUGAUUGAUGUUCAUUGUGUCAAGCCUAGAAUGGAACAUUAUGCCUGUGUGGUCGACAUGUUGGGUCGUGCAGGGAGAUUGAAAGAAGCAGAGACAUUUAUUGAGAAUAUGGGAAUAAAAUCAGAUGCAUUGGUAUGGGAAGCAUUGCUUGGUGCUUGUAGGAUUCAUGGAGAGACGGAACUGGGAGAAAAGUCAGCAGCAAAAAUUAUGGAAUUAGAACCACACAGCCAUAGGCCGUAUGUGCUGUUAGCAAAUAUAUAUGCUGACAAGGGAUUGUGGGAGGACAAGGGCAAGGUGAGGCAGAAAUUGGGCGCAAGUGGGUUGAGAAAGGAGGCUGGAUGCAGUUGGGUGGCAUUCCAGGACACAUUGUAGAUGGUUGGAGCAAGAGGGAACAAAGAAAUAUGCUUCCUGAAAACAAUCCAUAAAAAAUAAUCCAUUGGUGAUCAUCAAUUAAGCAUAAUCAGAAGCAGCUUCAUCGAGGUAUUGAGCAAGACAGAAUGUAACAGUUAUAAAAGAAGCGGGAUUCGUAAGUGAACAGAACACAGGUUCCUGCUCCCUCUCUCUACAAACUACAGGGCACACCCCUUGAAAAUAUUAUAAGAGCAAAAAUCCGCUAACCUCCUGUCAGUUCUACAACAAUCCAUGAAUGGAGCCAAAUCUGAAAUUCAUAGCCUGACAAAGUCUUAACAGCAAUUUUGAAGAUGUAAUGAAAGCAUCAACAGAUAGUCUCACAAUCAUGCCCUGUUUUGCAAGUUUUAAAUUUUUAUAAGCUUGAGAGCAGUAACACAGAUUAUAUGCAUAGC